UUUUAAGAUAUCGUUUUGAAAUUUUACAGAUGUUAUUUUCUCUUCAAGAAGCUGCUCAUUUGUCGGAAUUGCGGAUAUCGGACCACUAUAUCAUAUAGCUGCCAUACAAACUGAACGAUCGGAAUCAAGGGCUUGUAUGGAAAACUUCCGCAUUUUACUACAUAUCUUCACGAAAUUUGGUGUGAGUUAUUGUUCAUAGAAUUAAUUUAAUCUCCGAAGAAAUUAUUCAGAUCGGUUAACUAUAGCAUAUAGCUGCCGUACAAACUGAAUAAUCGAAAUCAAAUGCUUGCAUGGGAAACUUUCUCAUUUGACACUACAAUAGCUGAAGAAAUUCUGCAGAUCGGAUAACAAAACCUGCCAUACAAACUUAAAAAUCAAAAUUAAGUUCUUAUGUGACAAGGAAUGUUCAUAAAAUUUAGUAUGGAUUAUUGCCCAAGAUAUCGUUUUAAUCUUCAAAAGACUUACUUUUUCUUACGUCUUUAGGUUUGCAUAAACACAUAGUUACUAAAAGAAAUGCACCUGUGAAGGGUAUAUUAGCUUCGAUACAGCCGAAGUUAACGUUUUUUCUUUUUUUUUUAAUAACCGAAUAUUAUUUUCACCAUUACCAUAAUCCAUAACGUACCCCAUAGAUAAUAUUACGGAGGCCAGUGCACUUUUGUCCCAAAAACAAUAUUCAUAUACACACGUUCGAGUAUGUACAUACAUAUGUACAUAUUUAUGUAUGUAUGUAAACACAUAAUUUAUGCGAUAUCACCGUAGCAACAUAAAGCGAUGCCAAACAUUGUUAAGUUGUAAUUCAGCGUGGUGAACUCAGAGGUGACAUAUAUAAUCAGACAUAUGUCUACAAAAUCAUAACAAACCAUUUUAUCUUAGUGGCUCACUGCUUAUACAAUAAUCAACCUGUGCGCAUUUAAUUAUUAUUACCACAAAUAUUUAUUGGUUUUGGAAAAUAACGAAGACCGACCUUAAUGGUAAGGGAGCAUGCGCUGCAUGCCAUAUUCACUCUGUGUAGUUGAGCUUAAAUUUGGUGAAGCGUUAAGUCCAUCUCACUCAAAUUCUACAAAUUAACUAGUGAACGCAGGGCAAUGUAAUAAUGAAAGCAAGCCGUACAACAGUUAAAAUUCUACUCCCGGUUAAAAGGUACCUCAAAGCUGAGCUCUUUGCUUGUCGCGAAAACAGUGAAGAAGACUGAUUUUGAACAAAGAAGUGAAAUAGAUGAACUGAAAUUGUCGCGAAAAAAUUAUGUUUUAUAAAACAAGUGUUCUAAUGUUAACACUUCCAUUGGCCAAUAUAUACAUUUUUUAUUCAGUAUGUGUAACGGCGCAAGGAGCUGCUGACUUACUCAAGAUUACAAAACCAACGCCGAGCAUUAUUUCGAAAGAACCAUCAAUAAGAGUAAAAAACCCAACUAAUACCCAAGCAACUGCUUUCCCUACUACAGAGGUUAGUCCUGCGACAUCUGUAGUACCUGAGAUUUGCAUACAUGGUGUAAAAAUUUUAUCAAACGUCAAGCAUGAUACUCAAAAUAUACAAUACGAACAAGAUUUCGUGCAUGUCAUUGAAGGUGAUGCUAUGCUCAGCAUAUUGACUACGGAUGUUGCUUCAUCACUUUUUGUAGUCGAUCGGGUGAACAGAGCAAAUCUAUUGGAUGCCGACUUUGAAAUAGGAGUUCGUGCCAUAUUGGUCGAAGAUGAAACAGUUGCUGAAAAUUUGCUUAUACAAGAGGUACAGUAUCUUCAGCAGUGCAUAGCUCAUGCCAUUGGUAUCUUUGUCGAUUAUGAUUUAUAUAAAAGUUCCGAGAAAUUUAUCAAAGACCUAGAGUACAACAUUUGGCCAAUACUUCCGCCUCGUAUGUAUAUCCUUCCGAAAGUAGCGCAUCUGUUGCACCAAAUGCCUUGGGCCGGCAGUAUAGCAUCUGUGGAAAUUAUCACUGAAAAUUUAAACACUUAUAAUGAGUUUAUUGAGGCUGUGCGUCAUGAACAUAUGUGUCUUAUGCAUUUUAAAAGUAAUGAAAAUAUUUACAUUGUGUUUGGAAAAAAGAUGACGAAGCAUUUCGAAGAUAACAGCACUAUUUUUGCAAUACCCACUGAUCGCACAGAUCGUACAUUUCUAACAGAUCUUCCGGAGAAGUCGUAUGUGUUUAUGGAAAGCGAAGUGGAUCCUGAUAAAAUUGAGGAAAAUUCUACAAUGCCAAUAAUAGACGAGACUUUAAAGAGUACAUUAAUUCAACCGUCCCGGGUUUUCGCUUUUGCGCGACCCUUGCUGGAAAUCGUCCGUUGGUUAAAGGGAUCAUUAAUGCGCAACUGCAAACGGGAGCAAAACAUUUUUGUACUUGAGUCUUGCUUAAACUUUUUAAAUUUCAUCGCUGAUUGGCAGACAACUGAGUAUCGUCAGUAUUACGAACCAGCUAAAAUUUUAGAAUUAUUGCACAUGCAAAGAUUUACUUCUUUUAUGAACCUUAAAAUGUUUCAAAAAAGCACCAAAAUCCCCAAUGAAAGAGCAACGACUAGUCAAGAUCAUACAGAUCUUCAGGAGAUAGCAUCACAAAACUUUGUUACUAACAUAACCACGUUUUAUCAUUACAAUGAAGCUAAUAGCACCAGCAUAGAGUUGAAACCUAAAUUUGGAAAGGUUUUCAAUUGUCAGUAUAGCGCGGGAGACAAUAGACGAUAUCCUUUUUUAUUCGAUGGAGAAUCUGUGAUGUUUUGGAGGAUUAAGCCGGAUGCAUGGGUAGCAACGGGAAUGACUGCAGCUAUUCUUGGCCUAAUAAUUACCUUGGCUAUAUUAGUAUUUAUUGUUGUUCGCAUAUCUUUGGGUGACGUAUUCGAAGGCAAUCCCGUCACAUCGAUAUUAUUGCUGCUUUCUAUGAUUUUAUUAUUCACUUCCUUUGUACCUUUCUCUUUGGAGUAUAUCGGUGAGCAUAAAAACUCACACGUGACAUUUGAAGAUGCCGCCACGCUGAAUACGCUUUGCGCUAUACGAGUUUUUAUUAUGACACUAGCUUAUUGCCUAAUUUUUUCACUAUUACUUUGUCGGGCUGUUAUGCUCGCCUCGAUAGGUUCUGAGGGGGGAUUUUUGUCCCAUGUCAAUGGCUAUAUCCAGGCUGUAAUCUGUAUUUUCAGUAUCCUCGUACAGUUGGGUAUGUCAAUUCAAUUACUUGUCAUUAUGCAUAUCGCUACGGAGAGUAUAUCAUGUGAGAACAUGUACUAUGGCCACUGGUUAUGGCUUUUGGUUGGAUACGAUUUCAUGUUACUUGUGGGCAUUGUUGGAUUGAUUCCUUUUAUAUAUCGCUCUCAACGGAAUUAUCGCGAAGGUAUUCUCAUUGUUAUUGGUGCAGUGUUGACAUUCGCAAUUUGGAUCGUUUGGAUUGGAAUGUCACUUUUAGGGGAUGAGAUGCGUGAUGCAGCAAUAUCUUUAGGCCUACAGGCCACGGGCUGGGCUAUUUUAGUAGGUGUGCUUAUACCGCGGACAUUUCUUAUAGUGCGCGGAAUUGAGCGUUCGGAUAUUGCCCAAGCAUUACCUUCGCUUACUUCACUAGCGUUUGCGCAAAAUAAUCAGUACUCAUCGGAACAGAGCGUUUACGAGUGUGUUAAUCCAGCUAUGCGAAGUUGUUCACAAGCUGAUAUAGUUCAGUCUCCAAGUGAAAUUCCGACUCUUCCCUUGCGCGGUGGUGGACCACGCCGCCAACAAUUUUUCGCCAACUUACGUCAGGCUAAUGCCAAUAUCAACCCACAGCGACAACCGCCUCGACCACAGAGGGGCAGUCCCACACGUUCAGAGUGCUCUUCUUUGCCCGGUUCACCAGAGAGCAGUAAAAUAACCCGGUUUUAGACAAACCAAAACUCCAUGGAAAAUAUAUUAUAUUAACUUACCAAAUAAAACGUAUUUUGAGAUUAUUUUAUUUGUAUCUAGUCAUUCAUAGUCUUUUAAAGACUGCCCUUUUAUUAUACAUACUUAUAUUACAAUAACAUUUUCGAAACAUACUAUAUACAAUGUUAAAAUUAAAUAAAUUAUACUCA